GGGCGGGCGGCGAAGGGCGGCGAAGGGCGGUGAGGGGGCGGGCCCGUACGCCGAUUCCAUAUGGGCGCCGGCGCGGAGCGCCGCGGGGCAGCGCGGGGUCGCCAUGGCGGAGCUGCAGCAGCUCCGGGUGCAGGAGGCGGUGGACUCCAUGGUGAAGAGUCUGGAAAGAGAGAACAUCCGGAAGAUGCAGGGUCUCAUGUUCCGGUGCAGCGCCAGCUGUUGUGAGGACAGCCAGGCCUCCAUGAAGCAGGUGCACCAGUGCAUCGAACGUUGCCAUGUGCCUCUGGCUCAAGCCCAGGCUUUGGUCACCAGUGAGUUGGAGAAGUUCCAGGACCGCCUGGCCCGGUGCACCAUGCAUUGCAACGACAAAGCCAAAGAUUCAAUAGAUGCUGGGAGUAAGGAGCUUCAGGUGAAGCAGCAGCUGGACAGUUGUGUGACCAAGUGUGUGGAUGACCACAUGCACCUCAUCCCAACUAUGACCAAGAAGAUGAAGGAGGCUCUCUUAUCCAUUGGGAAAUAAAAGUCUUUGCCAGUGGCCAUCAGGGCUGAGGGCAAGAAUAUAUUUUUUAUAAGGAAUUGGGAAUUUUAGUCUUUUAAGCAAAGUUUACGAAUGAAGAAAUGAAGGAUGGCCACAAGUGUAAGGCAUAUGUCACUUGCCUCUGGACACUGGUUAUUUUAUGUUUCAGUCCCUAAAAAAUGAAAUGGAAAAAAGUGGUGCUAAAUCGGGUCAGAGAUAUUACAGGAGAGUUUUAGAGCUUAUUAUUUCCUGUGGUCAGUGCUUGUCCUGGCAGUAAGGCUCUCCCCUGUAACAAGCCAGAGCCCUCCAAGGUACUGGACCCUUCUUACUACACAGGUACUAACAGGCUGGCAGGUUAGAGUUGGUGGAGUCUGAGGAGAGAUAUUUUCUCUUUGUUGCCAACAUCCUGUUUACCAGAAGUGUCACCACACCAUCUUCCAUAAGCUGUGAAACAAAAUCAAUGAGGUCACUAACUUAGAAGGGAAAGAAAGUUUUCUGGGUCUUUGUUUUCUUGAUUUUGGGUAAUUUAUACAAGGGCAUACAAGUUGAUUUUAAGAUGUGGAACUGGGAGGUAGACUAGUUUGGAUAAGAACUUUGAAAUGUUCCUUGUGGAUCCCCAUUUCUGGUCAUCAAGAUGUGGAUGUACAUUUCUUAAAAUUAUUACAUGCUGCAUCUUUCAGCCUGGAGACCGUGCAGAAGCAUGAGGUGAUGACACACUAAUUAUGGGAAGCAGAAUUACUGGCUGAUGGCCCCUGAGGCUGUGUGUAGCAAAAUGACAGGACAAUCUUGCAGUAACACUUUCCCCUUGAAGAGAAGGGGGUUUUGAUUGUGAUAUAUACUAGUAUCUAGGAAUGAACAGUAAAAAAGGAGCAGUUGGCUACUUGAUUACAACAGAGUAAUGAAGUACUGGAUUUGGAAAAACCUGGUUUUAUUACAACAGAUGGAAUGAAAGCCUACACCUAGCAUUGCCUACUUAGCCCCCUGAAUUAACAGAGCCCAAUUGAGACAAACCCCUGGCAACAGGAAAUUCAAGGGAGAAAAAGUAAGCAACUUGGGCUAGGAUGAGCUGACUCCCUUAGAGCAAAGGAGAGGCAGCCCCCAUUACCAAAUACCAUUUUUGCCUGGGGCUUGUGCAGCUGGCAGUGUACCUGCCCCAGCAUGGCACCUUAUUGUUUUGAUAGCAACUUCGUUGUAUUUUCACCAACUUAUUACUUGAAAUUAUAAUAUAGCCUGUCCAUUUGCUGUUUCCAGGCUGUGAUAUAUUUUCCUAGUGGUUUGGUUUUAAAAAUAAAUAAGGUUUAAUUUUCUCCCCA